AUGGCGCAACCCCAACUCACUACGGAACAUUUUAUCACGGAUGCUAGAGAAACUGAAACAACUUUAUUUUUAACGCGCAAAUACAACUACAGAAAGCACACCGUUCAUAUAGAAAACAAGACACAAACAGUGAUCUUACGGUGUGAUUUUGAUGGAAGUCCAAAGCCCGCAGAAAUCGAAUGGGCUUUCAACGGAAACACGCUGAAAAAAGAUGCGUACGGUAUCAGGAGGGAGAAUGUAUCACUUGAAAUUUUAAUUCCAAGCGUUUAUCACAACGGAGAGUACAAAUGUCAUGCGUGUAACAGCGUUGAAUGCGUUUAUUCGACAACUGUGCUUAAACUGACAUUUCAAAUCGAGGCAAAUUCAAUGAAAAACAUUUCGGUUGAGGAAGGACUUGGGGCAGUUUUUGAUUCACUAGUGUCGGUUGUAGUGUAUAGGCGUAUGAGGUUGAACAAAAAAUAUUACGAACGAUUGGUCAAGAUUGUGACUGUUCGAAAUGAACCUAGUUAUAACGAUUAUGUGGGCUUUCAAGUUCCAAUAGUUUCAAUUGAAACGAGAAGGUUAUUAACGGCUGUGAGGACACGCAAUGAACCUGCUGCAGUUUUAGAAUACGAGUAUGAUGUUGGUUUGGAGUGGGAAUUCCCACGCGAGAAGCUAACCCUAGCCAAUCAGCUAGGAGCAGGAGCAUUUGGAAAUGUCGUCUUGGCGGUUGCUGAAGGACUGCUCUUUGAAGGAGUUGAUACCCCGGUAGCAGUUAAAAUGCUGAAGGACGAACACACAGACGAUGACGUGAAAGAUCUGGUUUGUGAAAUGGAAAUUAUGAAAAAGAUUGGAAAUCAUCCCAAUGUCGUCAGUUUGCUCGGAAGUUGCACCAGGAACGGACCAUUAUUCGUAAUAGUGGAAUAUGCGGUCCACGGAAAUUUAAAGAGCUUUCUCCAUGAUCAUCGCUCUGAAAGUACAACAACCCUCACCACCAAUCAACUCGUGUCGUUUGCGUCACAAAUCGCAUCCGGAAUGCAGCACCUCUCGUCGAUGAAGCUGAUUCACCGUGAUUUGGCCGCGCGAAACAUUCUGGUCAGCGAAGGAUUCGUCAUGAAGAUCGCCGAUUUCGGACUAGCACGGGAUGUCCACAACCAGGAGUACUACCGGAAGAUGACGUCUGGAAAGUUACCGAUGCGUUGGAUGGCCCCGGAAUCGCUGGAGGAACGAUUCUUCAACACAAAGAGUGAUGUCUGGUCGUUUGGAGUUUUGCAGUGGGAAAUUAUGACGCUUGGACGAGACCCGCACCCGUUUGUGGCGGAUUGGCAAUCUUUUCUGGAAUAUCUGAAGCAAGGCCAUAGGCUGGAGCAGCCGACGAACUGUCCGGACGAGAUUUAUCAACUUAUGGAGGCAUGCUGGGAGUUCAACCCGGAAAAUCGUCCGACAUUUGAACAAAUUAGUGCUGUGUUCGAAAAUAUUAGAUUGGCGAAUACUCUUGAUGUGGAGUUGAUGCCAAGAUUGAAUUAUGCAAUCAUUAUGCCGGCUACCGCAGUUUAGGACCAACUU